AACGUGGCGGACCGGCCUGCCUGGGACCCCAGUCCCCAGGUCUCAUUUGCGGCCCUAACAGCCAUUGUAAACGGAAGAGAUUUUCUCGGUGGUCUUGUCUUCUCCGUCCGAGCUGAUCAGGUGGGCGCGCAGCUAGAGGUAGGGUUUUGCCGUCGUCUUCGCUUUUGCUCUUCGCCGGGCGGCGGUAUACGAAAGGACUGCGAGGGUGGCGUGGAAGAGGUGGAUGGUUAUGGGAGCCACGGCCUCCAAACUCGAGAAGGCACUCGGAGACCAGUUCCCCGAAGGCGAGAGAUACUUUGGACUCGAGAAUUUCGGCAAUACUUGUUACUGCAAUAGUGUCUUGCAGGCACUUUAUUUUUGCAUCCCUUUCAGAGAACAAUUACUGGAGUAUUAUUCAAAUAACAAAAAUGUUGCAGAAGUUGAUGAAAAUCUGCUUACAUGUCUGGCAGAUCUUUUCAAUCAGAUCAACUCAUCAAAAAAGAAGACUGGUGUAAUUGCCCCUAAGCGUUUUGUGCAGAGAGUUAAAAAACAAAAUGAACUUUUCCGCAGCUAUAUGCACCAGGAUGCUCAUGAAUUUUUGAAUUUCUUGCUUAACGAGCUUGUUGACAUUUUGGAGAAGGAGGGAAAUGAUAUCAAUGAUUCUCCUGGAACCUCAUCACAAGCAGAACAAAAUGUAAAUGGGCCAGUUCAUCUACAAGAGAAUGGAGCAAAGAAAGAACCUCUCCUUACCUGGGUCCACAAAAGUUUUCAGGGCAUAUUGACUAACGAGACAAGAUGUCUAAGGUGUGAAACUGUCACUGCUAGAGACGAGACUUUUUUAGAUUUAAGUCUUGACAUAGAGCAAAAUAGUUCCAUCACAAGCUGUCUCAAAAACUUCAGCUCUACAGAGACAUUGAAUGCUGAGGACAAGUUUUUCUGUGACAAAUGCUGCAGCUUGCAAGAAGCUCAGAAAAGAAUGAAGAUAAAGAAGCCUCCAAACGUCCUCGUUAUUCAUCUCAAGCGUUUCAAGUAUAUAGAACAACUUGGGAGGUACAAAAAGCUCUCUUACCGAGUAGUCUUCCCCCUCGAGCUGAAACUCAGCAACACUGUAGAGAAUGCUGAUUCUGAGUAUUCUCUCUUUGCUGUUGUUGUUCAUGUCGGAAGUGGGCCCAACCAUGGUCACUAUAUUAGCCUUGUUAAGAGCCACAAUCAUUGGCUGUUUUUUGAUGAUGAGAAUGUAGAGAUGAUGGAUGAAUCCCAUGUUCAAACAUUCUUUGGUUCAGCACAGGAAUAUUCUAGCAACACAGACCAUGGCUACAUCCUCUUCUAUGAGAAUCUUAGUGUUGGGAACUAGGUAUGUUAUUUUUAUUUUUUUUCUCCCUUUUUUCUUAACUUUCUUGAGGUUUAUGGGGUUUCAUUUUACCGUUGUUUCUCAAUUUGUUUACCUUAUCACAUAACAUUUAAAAAUCCGAAAGGUCAGCUUCGAAGUUUUUUAUUUUUAUGUUUUUGGGUGUACAGUAAAUGGUAGUAAGACUCCAUUGAUUUAAUAAUGAAAGGACUGUACAUUGGGUUGUUUCGAGAAUGGAGAAUCCUUGUAUUUUCACAGCUGAAUUAUUUAUAAUAGAAAUGAAGUUGGCCUGGACAAGCUUUUUUGAGUUGCUAGAAA